AUGCAAAAUGUCCUGUCGAUGCGACAUUCAAAUGUGGCGAAACAUAAUGAUGCUAUAUUUCGCAUCUUUAUGUCGCAACAAAUUGUCAUCACAGCUCGCAGCGUCAUCGACGGCUACUGGUUGCUUCAUUGUCAACAAAUGGAAAUGGAGCAUUUGGAGGAGUACACGCAAUAUGUGUUUGCGAACUACAUGUGGACCUACGGAUCGCCUAUUCUGAUUGUUAUCGGCACCAUUGGUAAUGUUUUGUCCAUCGUGGUCCUCUUGAGGCCAAGGUUACGUAAAUCCACGACGAUGUUCUACUUGACCUGCCUUAGUUUCGGGGACUUGUUCACCUUGUAUACCGGACUACUGCGUUACUGGAUCCACUCGGCGUUCAAAAUCGACGUCCGAAAUUUAUCCAAUGGCGCCUGUAAGGUGCACACUUUCCUCGUUUACUUGUGGCUCGAUUUUACGGUUUGGGUUUUAGUGUCGGUAACAGUGGACAGAUGCAUAUCCGUGUCUUUGCCGUUCCGUGUAAAACGUCUAUGCACGAUACAACGUAGUAGAAUUGUUGUGACCAUAAUUUGGGGGAUCAUGUUUAUCAAAAACAUGCACUUCUUUUGGACGCUUUCAUUAGUGGAGACUUGGAAAUAUAGUUGCGGUGGAAGUUCCCCAGCGGAAAUUCAUUUUCUACAUUUUGUUUGGCCGUGGUUAGAUAUGGCCACGUUCUGCAUUAUCCCGUUUACGAUAAUGAUAGUGUGCAAUAUAAAAAUCAUCUAUAAGAUGGUUAAAGCUCAGCGUAAGCUUCAUGCGCAUAAUAAAUCGUUCCAAAACGAAAAUGCAACGGAACAUAUGAACGAUUUUCAACGGCAGAUAUCCUAUAGUCCUAAUUGUUUAUCGGCACAGCAUCCUUCCCCACAGAAUACAAGUACGUCACGUCGAGAAAGACCAAUCUGCCGAAACGUAACUACGUCAUCGACGCCCGGAACGUCAAAAAUUUCGUCUUUGACGGCAAUGCUUCUGGCUGUGAAUACAGUGUUUCUCAUCACAACAUUGCCUGUGCAAGUAUUGCUAAUAGGCGAGGAGUAUUGGUUCCCUAACAGGGACAUCUCGGCGGAGCAAAUAGCCUGGUAUAGUUUCUGGUGGGCGCUUGUGAACAUGCUGCAGUAUUUGAACAACUCCAUCCAUUUCGUCUUGUACUGUCUGACUGGGCCGAGGUUUAGACAUGAAUUGCGUGGGAUAUUUAGGCGCAAGACUCGUGUUGGUGUAAUGAAAGAACAAACGCAAACUGAAUUUUGA